AUGAUUGAAAGUUCCGCAAUAAAGAAGUUUAUAAUUAAUUACUUCAUUGAGCACAGCCAGGAGGAUAUUGAUAAGAUGGCUGGGAGCAUACACAGCUAUAUUCUCAAAGGGUUUUUGAUGAAUGAGCUGGUGUGCAACAUGAAGUCUGGAAAGUAUGGCCGCAUUUCGAAGGUAGGAGGAGGAAGAUAUACCAUGAUGAUUCAGUCUGACAAUGGAGAACAUGAGGAGAGCUGCUAUUUUUCAGACCUUGCAAGAAAAGAUGAUGUGAGCGCAAGUGGAAUAAAAGGAUAUCUGCUUGGGAUAACGAUGGAGACGCCCUUUGGCAGGGUCCUGAAGGAGAAUGCAUUCCGAAGCAUAAAGGACUCCACGGAGGUGGUGAGGUGUAAGGUACCCCAAAAUCAGUGCCAUGGAGCAAUGCGAUCAUCAAGCAAGGAUUCCCUGAGGCCCCUAGAUAGAGAGAAGAGGCAGGAGAUGGUGCCUUGUUCGGAGGGUGGUGAAAAUCAAAAUAAACUGUCGAAGAUGUGGGAUGGUGGAUCCAAGGCGAUGGAAGCCAGGAACAAUAGGGUUUCUGAAAGGCCCGAUAUAGGUUUGAUCUUAAAUAUGGGGGAUGGCCAGAUGCUGAGGAUCCCAGGAUUUGGGAGUUCGGAAGUUGAGUUGAUGAUAAAGAUCUUUGGGGUGUUGAUGAACUUCAGGUCUUUCUUUGGUAUAGAGAGAAUAGGCGUGAAGGGUCUGGGUGAUGCUAUCAUUGACCCUUUGUACGAAUCUGAUAUUAUUUCUAGAACGCAUGAAAAUCUGAUUGAGAUGCUAAAUGCAGAAAUCAAUAGCAUAGGAAUGGAUGUCUUCAUCGAGAAUUCCAGGCCAUGCAUGAUGCUGGCUUCUGAGUCUCUGCGUUUCCUGAGAGAAAAAAAGCAGGACACACACGAAGGCACUGGGAAUCCUUCGAAGCCCCGGGGACCUAGAAAGAAAAACUGGAAGCCGGAGCUAGAGAAGUUUGUUGAGAAAAUCUCCGACCAGGCAGGGAUAGACAUUUCCUACAUCAUACCUUGUGUUUUCGCAAAAGAUUGUCCACUAAGCCAAGAGGAAAUAAGAAGUAGACUUGUGCUGCUUGAGCUAUUGCUGAACAUGUUCUUCACGACUGAACUUUUCAGAGAAGCUAUAUCAGAGAAGAUGAAGGAGUCAAAGGAGCUCGAGAGGAAAAAGAGGGUGCUUCAGAUUGGACUCAAAAGGUCUGGACCACAGUCCUCGGACGCCGGAGCACCUUCGGAUAUUCCAAAGGCAUCGGAGGCAAGGAAGGAGCUUGCAGAUACGAUGGAGAAGAUAUUCCGGUUACCUACAAGUAUUGAGAUUGGGGAAAUUGCCGGAAUCAGGUUUUUGAAUCUUGACAAAAGAAUCUAUGCAGUUAAAGAAGGAGACUACUAUCCAUUGAGUAGAGAUGCACUGUUCAGCCUAUGCAAGAAGUACCAUAGCAAAAGCAAGAGUGAAAAGAAUGUACUGGCAAGUAUAGAGCACCAUGUAGAGAUUCUGGAGAGCUAUCCAUGA